AUGGAAUCGUACGUGACGAUAUCGAAGCACCACACAUGGGCAUACAUGAAUCUAGUCUUGAAUAACGGUUUGAAACCAAAACAUGCUGCUAGGUCCUAUGCUGAGUUUUGGUCCACGGGAAUCAAACGUGGUUAUCCGGAAUCAGCCGAAGAAAGUAUGAAAUGUGUGCUGGAAGGUAAGAUAGACUAUCGGGAAUGUGGUCGUAUCACUUUUGGUGAAGGAUCAUUUGCAAAUGGUGGUGCAAUGCGCAUUGUUCCAAUUGCGCUCGCUUUUCGACAUGCAUCUAAUGAACAAUUGUACAAAGCUGUUCAAAUGGCUAUUAUUUCCUCUCAUGUUCAUCCGAAUGGUAUAGAUGGAGCAUUCGUGUUGGCCAAGGCUAUUAUCUUAGCUCUCCGAUGUCCAUCAAUCGAUGCCUUCGUACCUGAUCAAUUUCUGAACGUUUUGCACAAAACAGCCAGAACAAAAGCUAUGAAAGAUCAAAUGAAGAAAUUAUUAAAUUUCUACAGUAUGAAACACAAAGUCGAUAGUGGUGGAGCUAAGCACGAGAUAACAGAUAUCGAUGUAGUUAAAGCACUCGGUGAUACGUUUCAAAUCAAAGCUAUUGAAGCAGUUCCCUGUGCUCUAUGGAUCAUUUGUGAUAGCUAUCAGGAGCCUGAGGAGUGUCUCGUAAGAGGUGUUAACAUGGGCGGCGAUACUGAUACUGUGGCCGCUAUGAUUGGAGAUCUCGUCGGUGCUUUGCAUGGUUCACACUGGAUUCCUGCUCGAUGGUCGAAUCACAUCGAGCCAAAUUCCGAAGAAAAUUUGAAUCGAGGAAAAGAACUUGCCAUUGAUUUAGCGAAAAAAUUAGCAGCUAUGGAUCUGACUGAUGUAUUAGAAGAUGACGAUUGA